UGUAGCAGAGGAACCAGUUUAUGUGACAGAGGAACCGGUUUAUGUAACAGAGGAACUAGUGGAUGUGAUAUUGUAACUGGAGGCUGUAAUAAAGAAACAAUUUUCUACAACAAUGUAACCAUUUUUUUUAACAGACUAAUCAGUUUCUGA